AGCCAACGUCGCCAUGACAUCGCCUACAAGUGUGAUCGGGAAUUUCUAUUGGAGAAGCAGUUUUAGCCUAUCUUCAUACUGUACUGUCUUUGACAUUGGUCUUCGCAUAAAUCGAACCAACUGGUUGCUAUAGCAUCGGGGAGAGGUCGUACAGUUAACCAACCAGAGACGAAUUCCCACGGUCUUAUAAACCAAUGAAAAUAGGACUCUGACAAUAGCGGAAAUACAUGAAACCCAUACCACCGAUACAUUUUUGCUCAUACCGCGUGUUUAUAGGGAAUCUCGAGUUGAUGAUAGCCAAGUGCCAAGCCCACAGAUUUCCGAUUGGAUUGAGGUCCGGCGACUGAGAUGACCAUGGCAGAACAUUGAGUUUGUUGACACAGAACCAUUUCUGUGUGGAUCUUGAGAAUCCCUCCUGCACAGAGGAGAGAUCAUCAAACCACAGAAAAGGAGGGAUCAAAAUAAACGACAUCAACAGAGAUACCCUGCGGUCUGCGUGUGUGGUCGUCCAACUGUCCUGUUGCGGCCCUGCAGCGCUGUGUCCCUGAGGAGGGAGGCUAAUGCGUGUGGCGUCGCUGUGCUCAGGAUCAGGGUCAGAGGAGGAUGAGUCCGGCCGUGGAGGCUCAGACCAUGCAGGCCAAGCAACAGCAAACACAGCAGCAGCUACAACACUAUCUGGAGAAAGGGGUCCCGCUUGAGCCCUUCAUGCACCAGGUGGGGGGCCACUGCUGCGUGCUGCGUUUCGGAGAGCAGACCAUCUGCAAGCCCCUCAUCCCCCAAGAGCACCAGUUCUACAAGAGCCUACCCAGCGCCAUGAGGAAGUUCACCCCCCAGUACCGAGGUGUGGUAUCUGUGGGUUUUGAAGAGGAUGAGGAGGGCAACCUGUGUCUCAUAGCGUACCCCCUGCACAGUGACUCUGGGGUGGGGGACCUGGAGAAUAUAGAUCUGUCGGUCAACGGCGAGCCAUACAGCAAGAUGCUGCAGUGGGGCAACAAGCAGCUGUCUGCCCGGAGUCUACUGGACUCACACGAAGACGAGGACAAGAGUCAUAAGCAUGAGGAGGAGGAGCUGGAGUGGCUGCAGCAGGAGGAGGUGCCUCUGGAAGGCUGCAACGCCAUCCAACACAACCCCUGGAGACUCCAACUCCAACAGGAACACCUGCAGAGGAUGAAGGAGAACGCCAAGCACCGCAACCAGUACAAAUUCAUCCUGCUGGAGAACCUGACGUGGCGUCACACGGUUCCAUGCGUGCUGGACCUGAAGAUGGGCACGCGGCAGCACGGUGACAACGUGUCCGAGGAGAAGAAGGUCAUGCAAAUCCGCAAGUGCCAGCAAAGCACCUCUGCCUCCAUCGGAGUACGCCUCUGUGGCAUGCAGGUGUACCAGUCAGACUCGGGUCAGCUCAUGUUCAUGGAUAAGUACAUUGGGCGUAAACUGACCCUGUCAGGCUUUAAGGAAGCCUUGUUCCAGUUCUUCCAUGACGGGCGGCAUCUGCGGCGUGAGCUGCUCUCCCCGGUGCUGCGGAGGCUCAGGGAGAUGCAGGCGGCCCUAGAGAGCUGUGAGUCCUACCGCUUCUAUUCCUCCUCCCUAUUGAUCAUCUAUGAUGGCGAGCCGCCCUGCACACACACACACACACACAGGGCCCCCGAGGACGGUCUGUCUGAGGAGGAGGAAGUAGAAGAGGAAGAUGAUGAAGAGGCAGGUGCGUUUGGGUUUACCCGCAGUAGUAGUGGUAGCACUGGUGGUGGGCACCUGGCAGCCCGAUCUGAUACAAGCCUUGACCCGGCAGUGGACGUGAGGAUGAUUGACUUUGCCCACACCACCUGCCCCGACUUUGUGGAGGACAGUGUGGUGCACGAGGGCCAGGACAGUGGCUACAUCUUUGGUCUGCAGAACCUCAUCACCAUCAUCUCCAAGCUUGAGGACCACAGCACAGACUAAAACACACACAGUCUCCCUUCUCUCUUUUGGACUCAUGGAAGAAACAUCACACUGGACUACAGAGGCUGGACUUAGGGGCAUGAUGAACAUUGCUGUAGCCUGUUUUCCACAGGGUCCUUGUUUCUGUUCUUGGUGCUUCUUUUGGGUGUUUUUGUUUGUGUCCGUACGGGAUAAAAAGGGCCCUGAUGGUUCAUGUUUAAAGAGACAUUUGCGAUCUUCAGUUUAGUUAACUCAGUGAGUUGUCACCCUUAUCUGCUUACUCUUUUACAAACUUGGUUAUUUUACCCAGUGAAAUGAAGUCCAUGACUGCAAGCACGGAUUCCAACUGUCCCAAGGUGCCUGCCUUAUACACACACAAACACAUGCACUGAUGUUGUGUGCUACUGAUAGGGCAGAUUUGAGAAAGCAAAAGAGAGAAACUGCUGUAUCUGUGUGAAAUUAAAGUUGAUGAGAGAAAAGGGAAAACAUCUUCAAUUUUUCUACUAUACCAGUUUAUUUUGCUGUCCCGCUCCCUUCGCAUUCAAAGAACAGACUGCGGUAUAUUCAGAUAGCUAUUAGAUUACAUACAAAGGCCUUGUACAGGUAACUGCCCAAAUCAAGGAAACACCAACAUAAAGUGUCUUAAUAGGGAGUUGGGCCACCACGAGCCAGA